ACUGAACAGGACAGAGUAACACACACACACACACACACACAUAGGUCCAGGUAAGGAGGUGCUGCAGAGUUGCUCAUGGCUGUGGACCUGGAGAAGAUCAUCUGCUGCAUCACGCAGGGAGACCAGGACAGUGUCCUCACGCAGCUGGACGACUACAACACUGAGUUUGCACACUGUUUCUUUUUUGAUCUGGAGGAAAGAGAGAGGAGAAAGCAACGAGAACUGGAGGAGUUCCGCAGGAAUAAAGUUAGAGACUAUGUUCCAGACUCAGACUCAGACCUGGGGUCAGGAGAUGAAGAUGAUGAGGAUCCAGACCUUGUCCUGCGCAGGCGGUUGGCUGAAGCUCUGCUCCGGUUUGUCAGGACUCGUCUCCAGCCCGGUGUUCUCAGUGUGUGUUUGCGUACUCUGCGUAUUCUCUCCCGUGACCGCCAGGCACUCGCACCCUUCAUCACUGACACGGCCAUCCUCACCCUCGCCUGCCUGGGUGGAAUCAAAGCCCUGCCCCUUUGUCACCAUGACGAUGAGGAGGAGGAUAAGGAGAUGGCAGAAAAAAAGGUGGACAAUGCCAACUCAAAUCCUGGCAGCAGCAUGGACUUCCAUUACAGUGAUGUGAACUCAGCAGCUCCUAAUGUAAGCUCCGCCCCCUCACACACCCUACGCUGUGUGAGCGAGGACAUCACGGAGAUGGAGAGAAGCGAUGGCAUAUGCAGAAUGUUGACCAGAGGAAAGAGGGAUGCCAGAGAGGAAGAGGAGGAGGAGGAGGAGGAGCAGAGGAGGGAGUGGUGUGAUGAUGGAGAGGUGUGGAGGAAAGAAGCCAUGAAGACUCUCUGUAAUGUCAUUUACAACAGCCAGAGGGCACAAGAGAGGGCCAGUGUACUGAGACUCCUCCCAGGUCUUUCUGAAAAGCUGAAGAAUGGAAUUCGCUCAGUGUCGCCCCCCAGUGGUCAGUUUUAUGAACUGCGGCUGCUGUUCCUGUUGACGGCUUUAAGGCCUGAACUCAGAAGUCAGCUGCAGCAGGAGCGCGGCGUGUCCAUGCUGACGGCUGCUCUGGAGCAGUGUUUGGAUGUUCAGUGGGCGGACGUCUACGAGGUGGUGGCCUGGGACAUGGAGUGUCCUCCUGUCUGUAAGGAAGUGUCUCAGCGUGCCAUCGAGAUCCUGAAGGUCCUGUUUAACAUCACAUACAGCUCACACUCGCAGCAGCCUGAUGAGGAGGAUGCAGCUCUGUACCGCCGCCUAGCUGCUGUCCUGCGUCACUGCCUGCUGCUGACCUGCCAGGGGGAGGAACUGACCGAGGAACUGCAGCGACAGACGGUGAAUGUGUUGUCAGCACUUCCUCUGCAGUGUCUGGACGUCCUGCUCUCGGCUCGUCUCUCUGAGGGGUCGAGGGAAUCGGGCGGAGUCAACAUGGACUGUGUCCACUCACUGCUGCUGUUCAUGGAGAGGAGACUGAACAGGAGUCAUAAGCUGAAGGAGAGACUGACCCCGGUGCUGAACCUCCUGACUGAGAGCUGCAGGGCUCACAGAGAAACACGGCACUAUCUCAGACAGCAGAUUCUGCCUCCUCUGAGGGAUGUGGCGCUGAGGCCCGAGCAAGGAGACACCAUCCGUAACAAGCUGGUCAGGCUGAUGACGCAUGUGGACACGGAGCUGAAGCACUGCGCUGCCGAGCUGCUCUUUGUGCUCUGCAAAGAAAACGUGGGACGGUUCGUGAAGUACACCGGUUAUGGAAAUGCAGCAGGUCUGUUAGCAGCUCGAGGUCUCCUGAGCGGUCACAGCUCUGCGCCUCAGUGUCAGUACUCCAGCGACUCGGACUCGGACACGGAGGAGUACAGACAGGCCAGAGACCGGAUCAACCUGGUGACCGGACGAGUGGAGGAGCCGCAGCCGGACCCCAUGGAGGGGAUGAGUGAGGAGGAGAAGGAGGCAGAGGCUGUGCGUCUCGUCGCCAUGUUCAACAGACUCUCCAGGGACAGGAUCAUUCAGCCCAUGUCGGUGAUGCUGGACGGUCAGCUGGCGCCUCUCUGUGACCAUAUGAGAAACAGCACCCUGGAGGAGGAAGAGGAAGAGGAAGCAGACUUUGAAGCAGAAGUGGAUUAGGACAUGAUCCUGAACCCUGAAGUGCUAGAAAUCUGUUCCAGAUGUAAUGUAGUGGACGGACAUUCUGUAGGGACGUAGAGCCACAGGUAAAGGGCUGGUGAUCACGGGCAUAGACGGAGAGCAAGAUGAAAGGAUCAGGAAAGAAUAGAGGGAAAAAAGAGAAAGAGAAAAGGGGUAGUCUAGGACACAAAGAGAUGAGGAAUGAUAGACAGCAUGUACAUUAAAACACAGACCCUGGUACUUCUACAGACAGGAAAGUGUGUGUGUGUGUGUGUGUGUGUGUUAUGCAUCUGUGGAGUCCUAUGAUUUAGUAGCCUCCCUGCAGGAAAAUCUGUAAUAAUUUUUAAAGAGAGUGAGCGUUACAGAGAGAGAGAGAGAGAGAGAGAGAGAGACAAACAAAGAAAGACAGCCAUCAUCACAGACAGAAAAAUGCUAGCAAGGUUGCCAUGACUGCGUUGCCAUGGUAACUGCAGGAAUAUGUAGUUCUCCAGAUUUGAGAGAUUUCUCUCUUUUCUCUCUCUCUCUCUCUCUCUCUCUCUCUCUUCUCCCCCCUCUUUAUCUUCUCUCUCUUUCCCAUGAGUGGAGUGUUUACCUCGGAUGAGAACUGCUGAGGUUCAAGUCUAAUGCCGUGUGAGCUGUAAUGAAAGAAUAUU